AUGCCGCCAAUCGGGCAUCUGCUGGUGGCACUGCUGAUCGCGGCCGCGCUGUGUGCGGGAGACUGCGCGGGUGAGCUCCUGGUGGAGGAAUUCGGAGAGGGGUGGCAGGAGCGCUGGGUGCACUCCACAGACGAGAAGUACGCCGGCAGGUUCGAAGUCGCGGACAUCGGCGAGGAUCCCGCCCUCAAGGUUCCUGAGAAAGCCCUGCACUAUGGCAUCGCCGCCAAGCUUGGAGGCCCGCUGCACCCCAAGGAGGGGCUGGUGGUCCAAUACGAGGCCAAGUGGUCAGAGGGGCACACCUGCUCUGGCGGUUAUCUCAAGCUGUUCACCCACUCAGCUGCUUUCAGUGCUGACGGCCUUGUGGAGAACACACCGUACACAGUGAUGUUUGGACCCGACAAAUGUGGCCAGACAAACAAGGUCCAUCUGAUUCUGCGACACAAGAACCCGAUAAAUGGCACGAUGGAGGAGAAGCAUCUGACAAGCCCACCUAGGCUCCCUGGCGACUCCCUCACCCAUGUCUAUACGGCCAUCUUGAAGCCUGACAACACGUUUUCGGUCCUCAUCGAUGGUGAGGAAAAGGCCUCGGGGAGCCUUUUUGACAAAUUCGAUCCCCCCUUCAACCCACCGAAGGAGAUUGACGAUCCUGAAGACAAGAAGCCAGAAGACUGGGUUAAUAACCCAAAGAUUGACGACCCUGACGCCAAGAAACCAGACGACUGGGUUGAGGAGUCCAUGAUUGAGGACAUGGAUGCCACCAAGCCUGAGGGCUGGCUGGAUGAUGAGCCAGAAACGGUUGAUGACCCAGAUGCCCAGCAGCCCGAGGACUGGGAUACAGAGGAAGAUGGCGAGUGGGAGCCCCCCAAGAUCGCAAACCCUGUGUGCGAAGAAGGACCCGGGUGCGGUGAAUGGAAAAGGCCAAUGAUAAGGAACCCUGAGUACAAGGGAAAGUGGCGUGCGCCAAAGAUUGACAACCCAGACUACAAGGGCCCUUGGGAGCCACGAAAGAUUCCAAACCCGAACUUUUACGAAGACAAGGAACCUCUGAAGAACGUUGGGGAGGUUGGCGCUGUCGGCGUGGAGAUCUGGACCAUGGACAGUGGCAUUUUCUUUGACAACAUCCUCAUUGGGCAGGACGAAGAGCUUGCAGCGACCUACAGGGCCAAAUGGGAGCAGCGACAUGCAGUUGAGGAGGCGGAGCGUAAAGAGAAGGAAAAGCAGGCUGCGUCUGGAAAGGGGGGUGCUGCUGCAUUCCUGCAGGACCUGGUCGACAGGCCAGAGCUUGAGGCCAUCAGGCCCUACCUCAUGCCGAUCGUUGACAUCGCCGAAAACAACGAACCAUUGUUCUAUGUUGCCUGCCUGGGCACUCUCUUCCUCAUGCUGUUCACGAUGAUCACUUGCUGCAGAUCCAGAAGGGUGGGUGUUGGCAACAGUGCGGCAGUGAACACAGGCACCAUGAAUUCCAGUGUGAACCCAUUUGCCCAAAAGUGA